CAACAGCCCAUCAAGCACCAGCCGCAGGGCUUGACCAGCGCGGGCGCUCUGCACAGGCCGCUCCCCGUUUUUGCGCCCAUCAUCCCAGCGACCCAGUCCCGCCAUGGCCCGCUUGUUGUCCGCAGCAAACAAGCCACCAACCCCGGCAGCGCGUCUAGGCCUGCAGCUACGCCCUCCACUUGCGUCGCCUCGCAGCUGAACCCAACUUGGAACACGCCAACUGCACCACACCCGCACCGCCAGCUGUGACCCAAUCUGCUGCUCGACCCGUUCUCUCGCUGCCACCAAAAUAGACACGCGCGGCUUCACCUCGCGCGCACCGCUCCCACAACACUGCUCGGCGCUCCGAAUACCGACCGCUUUGUCAAUGAUCGCGCGCCCGCGCCCUGUCCCGGAGACGUUGUAGACGCCGACGCGCGAGCUACUUAACAGCCCACUGCCUCGCCCCGCGCCCGCCAUGGAUUCCGCCGCCCUCCUCGCCCGCGCCGUCGAGCUGCACGCCGCCUACUCUGCAGAAGAGCUGCUCGCUGCACACCACCUGUAUGCCCGCAGCGGCGGCAUGGGCGGCGACCCAGCCUCCCGCCCAGGCUCGUACAAGAUUAUUGGCAUAUGUCUGGCCAUUGCCUCUGGCGUCUUCAUCGGUGUGUCGUUUGUUAUCAAGAAGCACGGCCUGCUGCAGGCGAAUGCCAAGUACAAUGAAGAGGCCGGCGAGGGCUACGCCUACCUCAAGAACGCCUGGUGGUGGCUGGGCAUGAUCCUCAUGAUUGUGGGAGAGAUCUGCAAUCUCGUCGCAUACGCCUUCACCGACGCCAUCCUCGUCACCCCCAUGGGCGCCCUCUCCGUCGUCAUCUGCGCCCUGCUGUCCUCGUUCUUCCUCAAGGAGCGCCUCAGCUUCGUCGGCAAAGUAGGCUGCUUCCAGUGCAUUGUCGGCUCCGUCAUCAUCGCCCUCAGCGCUCCGGAGCAGUCGUCGGUCGCGAACAUCCAGGACAUGAAGCGCUGGGUCAUUGCCCCCGGCUUCCUCAGCUUCGCCGGUGUCAUUAUCGUCGCCUCGCUUGUCAUCGCCCUGUAUCUCGGCCCCAAGUACGGCAAGCGCUCCAUGAUGGUCUACCUGACUGUAUGUAGUUUGAUCGGCGGCCUCAGUGUGGUGGCAACUCAAGGACUGGGUGCCGCUGUCGUAGCCCAGGCAUCAGGCUCGCACGGUGGCCAGUUCAAGGAGUGGUUCCUCUGGGUGCUGCUUGUGUUUGUUGUGGUCACGCUGCUCACUGAAAUCAUCUACCUCAACAAAGCACUCAACCUCUUCAACGCUGCGUUGGUCACCCCAACGUACUACGUCUUCUUCACCUCCUGCACCAUCAUCACCUCAGCCGUGCUGUUCCAGGGCUUCAAAGGAACACCCAUCCAGAUCAUCACCGUCAUCAUGGGCUUCCUCACCAUCUGCUCGGGCGUUGUUCUUCUGCAGCUCUCCAAAUCAGCCAAGGACGUCCCCGACGCCGCCGUGUUCAAAGGCGACCUUGACCAGGUGCGCACCGUGGCCGAGGUGGAAGAGCCCGAGUACGAGCCCCGCGCCGACGCGAUUCGCGGCGGCAGUGCCAUCCUGCGCUCGCUCAGCACAGCGCGCUCGCACCGCGAACUGCAAGAGGCGAAGAAAAUCAAAGAAGAGCACAUGCAAAUCAUCGGCGAGGGCGAGGCCGUCGAGUUUGACGGUAUCAGGCGACGCAAGACAAUCGUCGACCCCAACCGCCCCAUCACCCGCGCCGGCACAAUCGUCACCCGCACCGUCCAUCCACCCCUCGGCAUGACACACUUCCCCGCCGACGACUCCGACGACGACACCAGCAGCUUCCACCCGGGCUUCUUCCAGCGCCUGCGCUCCCGCGGGAAAUCCAACGCGAGCCGCGCCUCCUCCGUCGGCAUGACGCCGCUCCCGCCCGUCCCCUCCUCGGGCCCAGACCACACCGACCCGCUCUCCGACAAAGACUACAAGUCCCCACUGUCCCAAAACACCGCCUACUCCCACGACACCUACGAAACCUACGACUCGCCCUACAACCCGCACAUCCAGUUCGCCGACCCGCCCCCCGUGCACUCCGACGCCACCCUGUACCCGCCAAAACCGCCCCCGCACAUGGCCAAGCGCCAGUUCUCCUUCACCAACGUCUUCCACCGCCCGCGCACCGACUCCGACGCCUCCGCCUCGCGCCGCCCCGGCUCCCGCCACAGCCGCGGAACAAGCCGCGCCCGCUCGCGCGACGGCAAGCCCGGCACCGAGGAGGAGCGCCUCGGCCUCGUGACAGGCGACUCGCGCCAUCUGCUGCGCGUCCAGAGCGAGCCCGAGGAGGAUCUCGAUGCCGUGCCCCCGUAUGGCGGGGGGUAUGCGCAGUGGGAGGCUAGAGGCGAGAGUCCGGGUGUGAGUCCCGGACACUUGCCCAUUGCCGAGGCGCACGGCGCGGGCGCGUAUGGUCGCGUCGAGACGCCGGAUGUCGAUCCUAGGGAUCGGAGGGGGCGGUGAGAAAGAAAGUCUCUGCGGCGGUGUCCUAAGUUUUAACGCGGCGUGUUUGGGUUUCUCGUCCCCUUUUUGGGGGGUUUCGUCUGACAGCAAGCGUGUUUUCUGGGUUGGUUUCGGGGCGGCGGCGUUGGUAUGACAUGACUCACGAGGUUUGCUCUGUUUGCGUUUCUUGGCUGCUCGGGGAGCGUGUGGUAUGUAGUGUGUAGUGCGCAGUGUGUCGUCUGUAGGGUGUACUGUGUAGCGCAGUGUGUCCGCUAAAAGGCGAUCUGCGCCGGGGGAGUAAAUAGUGUACAUAUAGCAUAGCAUAGCGGCGGCGCGGCGGGUUAGAAGUAGAAGUAAAUACGAAACGUUUGUGUACGACGCC